AUGGCCACCUGGCGGCGGGACGGGCGGCUGAGCGGCCCGCAGCGGCUGUGCUGCGCGGGGCUGGCGGGCGCGCUGAGCCUCAGCCUGACGGCGCCGCUGGAGCUGCUGACGGUGCUGGCGCAGGUGGGCAGCCGGCACUGCGGGCGGGGGCUGCUCGGCGCCGGGCGCGGCCUGUGCCGCACCGAGGGCGUGCGGGCCCUGUGGAAGGGGAACCUCACCGCCUGCCUGCGGCUCUGCCCCUACAGCGCGCUGCAGCUCGCCGCCUCCCGCCGACUUGUAAUACUUUUCACGGAUGAGUUGGGCCAUAUUUCCCACUGGAGAGCUAUCAUAGCAGGAAGUCUGGCUGGCAUGGUUGCAACUGUUGUGACUUACCCUACUGAUGUAAUUAAAACCCGGCUUAUUGUGCAGAACCGACUGGAACCAUCUUAUGAAGGAAUUCUUCAUGCUUUCUACAAAAUUUACCAUCAAGAAGGACUUCUUGCACUUUACCGUGGUGUUACGCCAGCUAUAUUAGGUGCCGUCCCAUUUUCUGUGGGCUCAUUCUUUGUUUACAUCAAUCUGGACAAAAUCUGGCGAGAACCCAUAGUUUGUUUUACUCCCCUUCAGAACUUCAUAAAUGGCUGUGUAGCAGCUGCUGUGGCACAGACGCUUUCUUUCCCCUUUGAGACUGUCAAGAGGAAGAUGCAGGCGCAGAGUCCGUGUCUCCCUCACUGUGGCACAGUGGAUGCCCAUUUCACAGGCAUGGCUGACUGUUUCCGGCAAACAGUGAAGAACAGAGGUGUGCUCGGGCUUUGGAGCGGCCUCACACCCAGCCUGCUCAAGAUUGUUCCAUACUUUGGUGUUAUGUUUAGCACCUUUGAAUUCUGCAAGCGGGUCUGUCUGUACAGAAAUGGUUAUAUCGAAUCUCCUUUAAGUUACAAGCUGACUCCUGGGGUGGAUCAGAGUUUACUGCCACAAGAACUGAGAGAAUUAAAGCGCCUCCGAAGAGAAAACUUCGAGCCAAGGAAAUCAGCUCUUGAAAACUGACGUGAGAGAUCUAUUGGAGAAGCCUUUUCUUCAGAAACUUUGCAAGAAAGACAUGCUGAACUGCAGGUACCAGCAUCUCAGCAAGUUGCAUGGCUUUAGUGCUGAGACUACAGGAUGCAGGGGAUGAAUAAACCUCUUAUCUCAUUUGCUGAAUGGAUGCAAACAAUAAAAGUAGUAAGCAUACACCAAGGAGGAGGAGAGAUGCUACUAGUCUGAACACACUGUAUGCUAUUGCAGCUUGAACUGAUGCUAUUCUAGGUGCUUCUCAGUGCUGGAUAGCCACGUUAAGAUAAACCAUUUGCAGAGAGAAUGAAAACUGAGACAAGUACAAAUUGCAUCUUCAGAACAUUAAGAAAGCUCAAAUUGGAUUUUUUUUUAAAGUAAUUUGUGAUAAGAAGUCAUCAGAAAAUGGCAAGCAGACUAGAUAGACAAAUGCAAGCAUUUCUGCUGGAAUCUCCUCUUUAGUGAUAAUGGGAGGACGUGGCAUUCUGCAGAUGCAGAAUUAGCCUCAGUUCAUUCACACUCCAGAAUCCACUCUUCCAUUUUUGAGACUUCCUUAAGAAUAACAACUUUGUACAUGUCUUUGGCAUAGCAAUGAAAAUGAGCUGCUGCAAUGAUGUUUUUGCUAAUAGACUGUAACACACUGGAAUGACAAUCUUCUAAACUUAGGUGCUUACUGGGAAUCUUUUUCCCUUUCUCCUGUGUACGUGAGUUAUUUCAGGCUUAGAAAAAAAGUUUUCCUGAAAAUUUCUAACUAAAAUAUCUUCUGAAAAAUGCAGACCUUAAGUGUGUCGGCUAUUUCAGAGCCACGAGCCUUACAAUGUUUUUCAGUAUUCUUAAAGUUCUAUUUUUAUGCUAAACUACUUCUCAGUCCUUGUGCACAGACCCUUGUGCUGCUCAGAACUUGCCUGUAGAAGAGCACUGUGCACACGUCCUCUCACUUUCCCUCUUGAACCUCUGCAGUGCAGGACCCACAGCACUUCCUUAGGUUGGAAACUCAGCACUACCACCAGGUUCUCGCUGGUGCCACUGCCUUCUCACCAGGCUAGGGCCCUUUCAGGCAGUAUAAUACCAUUAUCUGAGAUAACUUUAAGACCUGCUUUGCCCCUGGCUCUUAAUGUUGGUAUACCCUACAGCUGAGGUCUUGUGGUAUCUCCAGCAAUGGGUUUGCUGUGUGCUGCUAUGAUGGUUGAUUUUCUUCUCAGAGAGAAGCACGGGUGUUGAUAGCAAAACUCAAGAUGGUAGGGAGCAUCCUGGUGGCUUGUGAGUCACGGGGAGGCUGUAAGUAUUCCUGGCUCUCAUCAGUCUGCCUGGUGAAGGGGUUUCUCUGUGCCUCAGUUUCCCUAUCUCUGCACAGUGUCAGUAACAAUACUGAUGUUCAUUUGAUGUGUAUGAAUAAGGAAAGAUGACUUGUGAGCAAGUUGGGGAAGAACUGUUUUCUGAACAAUGCUCUUACCUGUUCAAAGCAUGGAUUUUGUUGUUUUUGUUUUUAACUGAUGUUGUUUUUCUAAAUAGAUGUUAAAGACUGAAUGAUAGGUGCUUAUAAAUGUUCGCUCGCCUCUUCAAACCUCAUGAGAGUCAAGCAAGUCAACAAGGUACCUCUAACUUGUUUGUGAUAUGCCACUGACACAUCUGUAUUACACUUCACUCCUCAGGCCUAUAAACCGUUCAUUAACUUUGUAUCA